CGGCCCAGCCCUCGCCGCUAUUUGCAGAACAAUGCAGGCUUGAUGUGCGCAUGCCAGUGGGAAAGCGCGGGAGGGAAAACGCGCGAACACGCCAGUCUCGGCCCGCGAGCGCGUCUGGCCGCGCGCCGAAGCAAGCCGACCACGCUUGCGCCCUGGCGGACGACGUACGCCGCGCUCGACGCGGCGUCACGUUUUCCGAAUCGACCGUAGAUAACACGGCCACCGUGACUGAAUUUCAGUGUCAAAAGGUGCGCGUCCGCGAGUUUUACAUCGCGAUGCAGCGUUGCCCCUACAUCCACGAGAUGAAGGAGCGGCUGCUGGGCGCACCAAUAGACGGGAUCGAGCGCGAGCAACGCGCGCAAUCUGAACAGCUGGCCGACCCUCAGGUCGGCACUAUUGUCAAACUGAAUUCCGACGGGUACGGAUCUCAUACGUCGCCGGCGCGCGCGCCGCUCGUCACGGACGAGUGUGAGGCGCCGGCGGACGAGACCGAUGCACUUACCCCCACCGAGGCGGUGCUGCGGUACCGCGCGUGUUGCCAACCAGAAACCAAACCUAAGAAUGCCAAAACUUCGCUGUUCAUUAUCUCAAGUUUCAUCUACGCGAAGCUUCUCGUAGUUGUGUGUAUCGCUUACGUCAUCAGCGAUGUAAUCACUCACAAUCUCCCUCUUUACUACUACGAGGGAUUUUUCACCUACUUGUAUGGCAUGAGCAUAUUGUUUUUGCUCUACGUUUUCUGCUUCUUACUACAAGAAAGUGCAUGCUGCAAUGGUAGCCCCCCAAAACCAAAACCCCCACCUAAAGAGAAGAAGCAAAAGAAAGAAAAAGAAAAGAAAAGUAAAGACAAAGAAGGUAAAGAAGGAAAGGACGGAAAGAAAGAUGGCAAGAAAGACGGAAAAAAUAAAGACAAAGAUAAGAAAGAAGAAAGUGGAAAGGACAAGGCAGCCAAAGAGAGCAAAAAACAAAGCCAGUUUCAGGAGGUGUAUCCCCGUAAGAUGCGUGAUAAAGUACGACAACAACAAUUGCAAAUUCAAAUGGCGCAAUUAUAUGCCUCAGAACAGCAACAAGAUGUCGUGGAGUUGGAAGCAGGACCCGUGUCCCGGCCAAUGCGCCGUCGAAAGACUUCACAGAAUGAACAUAGCCAUGGCAGCUUUUUCCUAAGAAUCGGCGCUAUUGCUUUCGGCCUGGGAACAAUGAUAUAUAACGGGUUGGAGUUUGGGACAUUCUUCGAAUUGCCGUUAGAGUCACCUUGCUAUUUGAUUUUGAAGGGUGUAAAUCCGGUUCUUCAAAUGGUUUUUACUUUCAUGCAAAUGUAUUUUAUAUUUAUGAAUUCAAGAUUAAAUAUACAUCGAUUCAAAGUUAUAGCCAGAUUCGGUUUGAUGCAUGUCGUUGCUACUAAUAUAUGUGUCUGGAUAAGAACUCUGGUCUUAGAGUCACUAAAGGAAAUUACUGAUUAUCACGUAAAGAACCCCCAAGGCAUUCCCGGAGAAGGUGUACUUGGAAAAGUAAUCCGGAAACAUACUUUGAGACAUUCUGGAAAAGUUUUUGGCGCCGUUACUUCCGCUACGACUACGAUAGCUUCAACUGCAGCUACUAUUGCAAAAUCUACUGGAGAACAGAUUAUAAAUGCAAUAUCUGUAACUACUUCUACGCCUACAACAACUCCCACUACGACGACUUCAUCAUAUUAUAACAUGGGUGGUUCCAUUCCUAAAUCAAAAAUAAUUGACUCGAUAAAGACAACUUUAGGGUAUGACACUGGAAUAGCUUAUGGUCGAGACUUUAAAGAUUCAUGGCCAAAUGAUAACCCCUUUACAACGACUUCCACUGCAGCACCAAUAACUGUAGGGGCUGAUAAAGUGACACAAUCACAAACAGCCAUGUUGGAGGUGUUUCAAUGGCUUUAUUCCUCUACCAUGAAACCUAUUGUAAGCACUAUGUCUACCUUGCUGAUGCCAAGCACUACUGGAUCAUUACCAUCAGUUAGAGACGAAUGGGGAAAUAGUAUCGAAACGUACCGUGUCGAUGAACCACCACAUUCACCAGCCAACAACGCAACAGAAAUCUUUGAAUCGUUCGACAAUCUGAAUCCUGCUGCUUUAAUUGCCAACAUCGACAAUACGACAGUAUGUGGACGCAACCCAAUAAUGGGGACAAUUGUUUCGGAUUCAGCUCCUUAUCUUUAUCCAUUCAUUAUCGAAUACUCUCUGAUUGGAGCUGCUGUCAUUUAUGUCAUGUGGAAACAUAUUGGGCGAUAUCCUAGCGUGGCCAGCGAUGAAGAUCUGGAAAGACGUCUGGAGGCUGUUCUGUCCCGCAGGGCAGCGGCGUUAGCGGCGGCUCAACGUGGCAAUCGUGUUGACUGCGCUGGUGCAUCGAAGGGACUCUUCUGUGGACUCCUGCUCCUGGUCGCUUCUCUCAUCUGCUUAAUUCUCUUCUUCGUCCUGAUAAGACAUCAAGAGUUGAAGCGUUUAUCGAUUUAUUUAGCAGAUGUUUCCCAUUGCGCACUGAUGGUGCUGUCAAUUUUUGCUAUUCUCAUUGGAUUUAUUCGUGGUAGAAAAAUGAAAUGGAGCUCAAAUCCUUCCUCCUGUACCGAACCUCUUCGCAGGGUACAAUCACUGAAGUUCCGCUCAGAAGAGCAAUCGGACUUGAAUGAUAUUCUACUGCGUGUGUCGGCGUUUGGACUCUUCGUGUAUGCUGUAUUUAGUGUUAUUGCUGGCGGCAUGGGCGCUUUCACCCACGAACCGAAUCUUCUUGUCAUGAUUACCGGAUGUUUGAGCGUUCUUCAGGUUGUUCUGCAACUGUUAUUUAUUGCGGAUGUUUCUCGUCGCCGUGUACAUCUUCCCGAACAAGAGCGCAGCAAGCCAGCUCGUCAAGCCGUUACUUUCCUGCUUAUUUGCAAUGUCACCAUGUGGCUGAUCUACACCUUUGAAGCACAGAAAGUUCUCGCUAAUCCGGUUCAACUCGAUUUCUACGGAUUCGUCGCCUGGUCUCUUGUCCAACGUUUUACACUCCCGCUUUGCAUCUUCCAUCGUUUCCACUCAGCGGUUACUCUCGCUGAAAUAUGGAAGACCAGCUACAAAGCGCGCUUGGAGUGAACGAUAUACGACAGCUGCAGGACGUUAAGAAACAACAACAAAGAAAAGUCCAACAUUUUCAACGCCCUAGGUUGAAGAAUCAAUUUCGUCCUGGUCCGGGGCAGCAAUUUUAAAACUUAGGUUUGGUAUGCCAGUUUCAUGUUUGCGAUAGGUAAUUCCAUAUUCAUAGUCGGUAGGUACAUAGGAAUUAAUAUUGAAAUGACUCUCAUUUUAUGAAGUAGAACAAGAUAAGUAAGUACCUAAUUGCUUUCCCGGAAUGAGUCGAAUUCAAAAUAUGUCACUGCAGAAAUUAUAACUGGAUAGAUACAGAUAGAUCUGACUCCCAGUAACUACUAGUUUUCUUUUAAAUUCUUUAUCACAUUCCACAAUACAAUAGUUUUGCAUUACAUUUAAUUUGUGGAAGACUGAAUAAGGAGAUGCAAACAUUCAACAAAUACGUAUUAACCUUUUGCUCAUAAUCAAAAUUUAAUUAAUAACCAGUUGUGAAAAGUUCCCUCCUUUGUUAGAAGUAAUUUGAGUGCCAUGGUUUUAGAAUUUAAGACGUUUUUGAAAGUCGACAAUAUAUUGUAUUGAUUGAUUUAUCAAACGAAAGCAAUAGGAAAUUAUUAUGAGCGCCUUAAUUUGGUAUCAGAAUUAAUAGUGUAAAACAAAUAAUUUACCACAAUUUCAAUAUUUGAGAAGCUUAGGGUAUUUUUAAAAAUUAGAGAUAAUUAUAUAAAAGUAUCAAAAGAUUUAUUAGAGCUACGUAAUUAUUUGAUAUAGAAAUGUAGGGUUAUAUUACAUACGAAUAUUAUAUAAUUGACGUGUCGAAAUGAAUAUCUUAUUAAAUGUACUUAAAGUUACAGAAACACCAGAUUGUGAAUUAUUGGCAGUAAACUGCUUGAUAUGUUGGGAAUUUGAUUUUAUUGCAAGGGGCCAUGAAGAUCUAAAACAUUUAUCACUAUUUCGCACACUUCUUAAGUAUAACGUAUUAUAUUUAGCGUUUUGGAAUAUUUAUUAUUCUAGAAAGUAACAACUCUUUAGAUGUUAUAAAUAAGUUGACUAUAUCUUUGUGAAGCUUGAGAGAACCAAGCAAAUAAUUUAAAAAGUUCGUUUAUUUAAUUUGUGUCUUAUCACAAUUUUCGAUUCCUUUGCGUUAAAUCUCACUGCAAAUAUUUUCGUAACGAACUUUAUGUGCAAUCUAUUUUUAUAGGCUGACUUAUUAUGGUAGGUAGACAUACCUAAUCGGAGUUAACGAACGCGUCAUGCGCAAUAUCAUUUCUACUUUACAGAUUUUGUAUAAAUAGGUCAUAUAAAAUUAUUUAUAAUAUAUUUAUUAAUUUUGUAAUUAACUUUAAGAUUUAAUUGUCUGGUUUAUUCUAGAAUCAGGGAGUGAUGUGUGCUCACAUUGUGAGAUUUCGAGUGAAUGUAGUUCGGAGUUUUGAAUGGUAUAAUCUUUACGAUCGUAAUAAUUCUUAAAUUAUAGUAAUUUAUCUAAAUUAAAGGAUGACGCGAUGAUCGCUAUCACUUUAUGAUUAAAAAUACCUAGCAUCUCGGUAAACUCGGCGGUAUUAUGGUACGUAUGCGUGUUUGGCUUGUUUUAUCACUGCCGAUAUAAUAUUUAAACCACAUUUUAAUAGUAAGUCUUUGAUAAAUCUAUACUAUUUCUAACUUGUUCAAUUUUGUAGUGAUAUUUACUGUGUACCUAAAUGUUUGGAACAAAAUGUACCGAUGUUUGUAUCUUUAGGUUUUAAAUUAUUAAAUGGAUACUCAGUCAGUGUUAUAGAUACUUACCAAAAAUUAAAAAUUUGGAUCCUCUACAUAUUUAAAUAUAUAAUUAAUAUAAAUGUCUAUUUGAAUAAAUUAAAUAAUACUUAUGUGA